AUGGCGCAAAACAGUGAAUCUUCCAGCGGUGGAUCCAAGAUAACCGUGAAGAAAACUACAAUAAGACGAAAAGUCAUCAAGAAAUCAACCACUACAACUAAAUACCACAAUGCACCUCUCGAGAUUCCAUUCUCCCUGGUUCUUUUGAUGACGACGGUAGUAGCAAUCUUCACGAGCGCCAGUUGGCUGAUACCCGGAAUUCUCGUCAAGAUUCACGACGACCACUUCCAAAGCUAUCUCCAGUCGCUGGUCUGGAAGAAAGAGGAAUUGUGGAAAGUUGACAAUGGUAUUGGUGGGAUCAAGCGCUCGCCCUGGCAACAUGAUUGGUUUCCUUGUCAAAUGGCUAGUAGCAAAGAGGAACCCAUCGUCAAACCAUUCCAUCCACUGACAAAUGGGUUUCCCAAGACUGCCGAGCAAGCUCUGGAUGCGGUGCUCUAUCAUGGUGCCACAGUGCUCCCACAAGUCAUGCCACAUCAAUUGGCAGAAAGCCUCAGAGAUUACGUAUUAGAGCACAAUGAACAUUUGACCGCCAUGGAUAACAUUCCCGUGCUGGUUCAGAACAAGCGCAGGAGCUUUGGGUUGAAUCUUCGUGAGGACCCUCGCAUUGCCACGGCACUGCAAGCAGUGGCUUCGCACAAUGUUUUGACCCAAACACUCGAAAAACUUUUGGGACCCAACGUGGCCAUUGUAGAAUUAUCGACCAUUACCGCAAUGCCAGGGGCAUCGGCACAACCCUUUCAUCCCGACACGAAUCCCAACACUAUGAUUUAUGAACGACAACUCACCCAAGUUUUCACAGUAUUGAUUCCUCUUCAGGAUACCACCUUUGAAAUGGGAGCCACAUGGAUCUGCCCGGGGACGCAUCGGUGUAAGCCGCCCCAUGGAUACUGUGAGAAGCAUGGCGUUUCAGUGGCCACGGUCAAUGACACAGAUACAACACGACAAUAUUGGAGAGCUGGUGAUGCGUUGGUCUACAGUUCGGAUGUCCACCAUCGUGGAGGAUCACACAUUGACAGAGAAGCCCCUCCACGAACCGCGUUGAUUUUGAGCGUGACCAGCCGACCACAACUUCCAUUUCGGGUGCUUCCACCGGGCCCUGUGUUUGGUAUUCGCUGGGACCACUGGGGUCUGACAUGGAAACAACUGCAAAAGAGAGAACUACUGGAUGAAUUCAUUCAAAAGACAGAAAACGAAUUGUUUAACUUCCUACGUGCUUUUGGGAUCUACACCCUGGAGGAUGAUGAUGGUUGGUCAUUUGCUCAUUCAGUCUCCUUUAGAAUGAUGAACGAUUUGAUGGGGUGGCGAUUCAUGGACUUGGAAGCCUUUCACAAGGCCAAUAUUAGUCCUUUUCUGACGUCCUUGCCAUGGUUCUUACAGGGACGAAUCGAAGAAGGGGACGGCAACUUGUGUUCUUGGCAACGGUACCUCACUGAUAUUGCCCGCAACUUUCGAAAUGUGGCCAUAAUUCUGAACCUAGGGAUUGUCCUCUGGGUGGCUGGACAGAUGGUCCAAUCAGCAAAUGAGGAAGCAAGUCAACACCGUACAAAGCGUGGCGCAUCCGAAACCAAAUUGGCUUCGAUGGGAUUCUGUCUCGUUUAUGUCACCUGCUGCCUUGUGGGAUUUCUCGGCUGGUCCAAUGCGUCAUCACAUUUGGCUGAGGUUUUCGGAAAGCGAAAUAUUCUGAUUACUCAAUUGAAUCAAGACCAAAUGCUGGAUUUGGACGAAACCAGCCUGCAGCGGCACCUCGAUCGAACCGUAGCGACGAAGCAUCGGGACGUCUUUUUGGACAAUCGAUCGUCUCCAAACUCUGAUUCCGAACUAUCUCGGCAAUACCUUCAGUAUCACCCAGGAAACAUCGCGUGGAACUCGGCAGUCGCGGAUUAUGCUCCCUUGUGGCUAGUUUACCAUGGACUACCAAUGGCUUUCCGACAAGCUCUCUUAGACCUCAACAUUCUAUCUGACCCGGGGUCAGACAAUGGCUGGCUUCGGCUGGUUCGAAGAAAUGAAUGGGGCAGUUGGGAGGAUCUUGACAUAAAUGACGUCAGAAGAGAGACACAAGAUGCAAUCAUUCACUGGUGGAGCCAUCCCAAUUUGCCCCAGAAGUGGGGUCCUCCUCUUGUCCAGGAUUCGAACGUGUGCAAACGUUCGUCUCAGCAAUCAGCAACCUCCAUCUGCAACAUGAAUGCCGGUAAGGAACUACUGGUGAACAAGAUUUUACCUCAUGUUACUGCGACAAUGCCGCCUUCACCUUUAUCGACAUCGUCGGCAAGAAAGAAUGCACUGACAGUGACAGCAAAGAAACACCCCACCAAAACGCUUCCAACCAAACCUGAAGCUGAUAAUCGGCUCGCCAUAAACGACAAGGUAGAAGCACGGUAUCAACGUGGAAGUAAAUGGUUAGCAGGAACGGUGACUCAGCUAUACGAAAUGGGAGAUGAUUUGUACUAUGAUGUACAAUUUGAUAUUGGAUGGUUCCAUCAAAUGCUGCCACUACAAUUCGUCAGACGAUUGCGAACCAUGGAUUCUGCAAAGGGAAGAGCCUUGGAGCACACAGCAAUGACAAAAUCUUCGCUUAAUGCGAGGCCACAAAAGAAGAGCUGA